UCGCUUUAAACAACAAAAGGGUCGGCAGCGAGAGACAAAAAGUGAAGCCCUUGGAACUGGUGGUGGACUCUCUCAAGUGAAAUCGGGUUUUCAGAACGAGAAAUCGGAGAUCGAAACUGAAAUAUGUCCGGCGUGACGAACCAGGAGGAGGACAAGAAGCCCACCGAUCAGUCGGCCCACAUCAACCUCAAAGUGAAGGGCCAGGAUGGGAAUGAAGUAUUUUUCAGGAUUAAGCGGAGCACUCAACUGAAGAAGCUUAUGAAUGCUUAUUGUGAUCGUCAGUCAGUGGAGUUCAACUCAAUUGCAUUCUUGUUUGAUGGCCGUCGUCUCCGAGCGGAGCAGACUCCAGAUGAGCUGGAAAUGGAGGACGGAGAUGAGAUAGAUGCGAUGCUGCACCAAACCGGGGGUGCUAUUGCCUAAAGGGUUUGGCAGGUCGUUUCUCUAGCAGGAGAGUGUUUGGAACUGUAAUGUCUAUUAAUAAUCUACUAAACAACCAGCCUUUUCUGAAUUAUGUUGGGAUAUGCCUUGUUAAUUUUGAAAGAGUUUUGUAAUCAGUUAUUUCCUUGGGGAUUAUGUGCUUGUCUCAUUUCGAUUGAACUGUAAAUUAUUGAUGGGGUUAAAAAAUAAAGGGACUAACGUUUUCAA